AUGUGGUUCUCUCUAAGGACCCCGUUAUUACUGCUCGCCUCCGCUGCCGCCGUCCUGCGGCCGGCGGCGGCCGAGCAACUGCUUCAGUCCAGCUCUUUGAACACUUGCCAGGACAACUCAGGAUUCACAGCCAGUCUCUUCAACGUCGCCUAUACGCCAGCCAACGGGACCGCCAUGAUCGACAUUGUGGCAGUCUCAUCCAUCCAAGGAAACGUUCUCUUCGACGUCUCGAUCACGGCAUAUGGCUACCAAAUUAUUCGACGACAAGUCAAUCCGUGUGACAUUGGUCUUGCUGGACUGUGCCCCAUGACUGCUGGAAAAAUCCCACUUACUUUCAACCUGGAUGUCGGCGACGAAGCGGCCAAGCAGAUUCCUGGAAUUGCGUACACUUUCCCUGACCUGGACGCGAAAGUCAAGGUGUUCAUCAACAUGACGUCCGGUGACCAGGCUAACACGAGCGUGGCCUGCGUCGAGGCUGAUAUCUCAAACGGAAAGACCGUCGAUUUGGUUGGAGUGAAGUGGGCUACUGCUAUCGUCGCUGGCCUGGCCUUGGCUUCAUCUGCCGUCAUUUCUGGCCUUGGACACUCGAAUGCCGCCUCCCACGUUGCCGCGAACGCUUUGUCACUCUUCGGCUACUUCCAGGGCCAGGCUAUGAUUGGCAUGACCUCCGUUCCUCUCCCUCCGAUCGUGCAGUCAUGGACACAGGACUUCCAAUGGAGUAUGGGCGUCAUUCGCGUCACCUUCAUGCAAAACAUCUUUACCUGGUACCAACGUGCUACUGGAGGAACACCAUCAACGCUCUUCGACUCUCUGAGCACAGUAUCCGUGCAAGUCGAGAAGAAGAAACGAUCCCUGGACAUGGGAGCCGAGAUUGGAAUGAACUUGUUCAGGCGUGGGGUUUCUAUGAUGCCUCGUGCUGUCGCUCAGAUGCCUUCGGCCGUCGUAGAGGGUGCUUCGAAGCUUAUGAAGAGAGGAAACGUCAUGAACUCCAGUGGCAGCUUUGUCGUGUUCGGCAUCCAGCGUGUUGCUUACAGGGCUGGCAUCGAGUCCACCAACCUCUUCAUGACCGGGCUGACCUUCUUCUGCAUCUUUGUCAUCAUCACCAUCUUGGGAGUCGCCGCCUGGAAGGGUUGGUGUGAGUUUGCCGUCAAGCAUGGAUGGAUGAAGAGUGAUACGUUUGUGGACUUCCGAAAUGGCUGGUUUACUGUCCUCAAGGGUAUUCUGUUCCGUCUCACCUUGAUUGGGUUCCCUCAGAUGACCAUUCUGUGCUUGUGGGAGUUUACCCAAAAGGACUCCGCCGCCGAGGUUGUCCUGGCUGUCUUCUUCUUCUUUGGAAUGUUGAUCACUCUGGGCUGGGCAUCAUCCAAGGUCAUCAGGAUUGCACGCCGCUCCGUUGUUAUGCACAGGAACCCGGCGUACAUUCUUUUCUCCGACCCUCAGGCUCUGAACAAGUGGGGUUUCCUCUACGUACAAUUCCGUGCUUCGGCCUACUACUUCAUCGUGCCUAGUCUGGCAUACCUGCUGCUCAAGGGUGUUUUCCUCGCUUUUGCGCAAAACAGUGGCACUGCACAGGCAAUCGCCUUCAUCAUCCUGGAGGCUGGCGCUCUCAUCGGCGCUAGCGUUCUUCGACCGUGGAUGGACAAGAGCACGAAUUCUUUCAACAUCUCGAUUUGCGUCAUCAACUUCCUCAACUCAAUCUUUCUUCUGGUCUUCACUGAUGUCUUCAACCAGCCAGCGAUUGUCACUGGUGUUGUUGGUGUGAUUCUCUGGAUUGCGAAUGCCGUCUUCGCGCUUGUCUUGCUCCUCAUGUUGAUUGCAACUACUGUUAUUGUCUUGAUUCGCAAGAACCCAGAUGCGAGAUACCAGUUCAUGGCGGAUGACCGAGCAUCAUUUAUGAAAUCUCAGACGCAGCUGAACACGACGACUGAGUUGGACGCCCUGGCAGCGACUGCCCGAGGUGAUAAGCAGGGAUAUAAGGCUGGAUUCGACAUGGACGAGGACAACGAAUCGAUAUCAUCCGACUCGAUGAAGCGACGUACAGACCCAUCACACAUGCAAGUGCCUCAACAGGCAAACUCGCCACUGGCACAGUCCAACUACCGGGAGCCACCCAGGUCCCCAGUGGACCCCUCCGUACCGUUGUUCCCAGCAGACAACCGGAGUCGUACGCCAAACCCUCAACCCGAUUACGGCGGUUAUAACAACGGGGGACAAUAUCUGCGUCAGCAACCAAGUGGCUCUUCAAUGGGCCCGGGGUCCUUCACCGGAUCAUCAUCCACCCUAUCAGCCCAUCAGGCCCAAAACAACGCCAGUCCAGGCGGGGCAUAUCGAAGCCAGAACACUGCCAGUCCCUGGCAACGAGGCGCGGGUUACGAACAUUAA